UAAUCGUUUACCUAUCCCUAUUAGAAGCAGAGCAAUACAAAUAGUUUGCGAUUUUUCGCCACAUUUUUAUUGUAAAAUAAAAUGAAAAACAUAAAUAAAAUGAUUCGUUGCGUAGAAAAUCAAUAAAAAUUUAACAAAUUAUGUGUAAAACGUGUAGAAAUGUACAUAGACAAAUGUGAAUAAUGUAACAAGAAAAACAUCUAUACAACGACCGCACCCCUCACCCCCUUUCAUAGACUUUCCUCUUUUGUUUGUCUAUCAAGGCAAGAAAACGAGAAAGGCCUCAAGUAAAUGCAACAACAGGAACGAAGACAAAAACAACGUUACGGCCAAGUGAAGUCAAGUAGACGGAAAGUCAUUCAUUCUUUUGUUUCUUAAGCAUUGUGUUACCUGUCGGGUUCGGUUGGCUAGAUAUGUGAAUGUGUUUGUGUAUGUGAAAGAAUUUUCUUCAUUUAAAAGAAACCAUUCGUUUUUUACCCUUUCUUGAAACGACAAGUGAAAAAUAGUGGAGUGGAGUGAGAGGAAUUGUGGGAAGGUGGUAGAAAUUGUAACAGGUGCCAAGGUGGGCGUGUUUGGUAUCUGAAGCAGUUGAAAGGAGUUGAUAAAACAAGGGGCAAUUAAUGCCCCAUUUCAGCAUGGAAAACGAAUCAGUUAAAUCUGAACAAAGUGGUCGCUCCAGACGCUCCCGAAGUCACAACAAUAAUGGCGGUAAUGGUGGAGGAUCUGUAAAUAAUGGCUACCAUCGUGACCGUACAAGGCAUUCACAUCGCAGCAACUCACAUUCAAAGUCCAAAAGUAACAGGAGCAGCGACUUAAAUCCUUAUCAGACGACUGUAAAUAUGACCGGCGAGGAGGGACGUGAUGGCCAGGAAAUUAUUGAGGUACAAAUACUGCCCCAGGAUGAUAACUGGGGUGAGAACACAACAGCUGUUACGGGAAACACAUCCGAGCAAAGCAUAUCAAUGGAGGACAUAAACAAUGCCUGGCACCGCGAAAUGAAUGAAACAGGAUUUGGUUUCAAAUGUCGCCGGUAUUUGGAGUCAAUAUUUUCAUUUCUACUUGGUUUCGGUGCCUUUUUCUCUCCAGUGGCCAUGGUGGUAAUGCCUCAUAUGGGAUUUUUUCCUUCGGCUUUCGAUCAUCCCGAACUGACGCAGACAGUGCGAACACAAUUAUUGGCCUGUGGCAGUGAAUGCAAGGGUCUUCUGAUAUCGAUAUCGGUGCGUUUGUUAUUGCUGGCAAUUGGUUUGUGGGCGCUUUUCAUGCGAAGAUCAGCGGCCACCAUGCCUCGCAUUUUCCUGUAUAGAGCUGUUGUGUUGCUCUUGGUAACGUUGAGUACAUUUGCAUAUUGGCUGUUUUAUAUUGUACAGGUAACCAAUGGAGCAAAAAUUGUUGUAGAAACUGGAGGAGAUGCGGUGGACUAUAAAUCACUGGUUGCCUAUGCCACAAACCUGGUUGACACAUUACUGUUUAUUCACUAUAUUGCGGUGGUGUUGCUGGAACUGCGUCACAAUCAACCCAUGUAUUAUGUGAAAAUAAUACGAUCUCCCGAUGGCGUGUCACGUUCCUACACUUUGGGCCAAUUGAGUAUACAGCGUGCCGCAGUUUGGGUACUCCAACGUUACUAUGUCGACUUUCCCAUCUACAAUCCAUAUUUGGAACGUAUACCCAUCUCAAAAUCACAAAGAAAUAAAAUUACAACAAGUUUUAAAUAUUAUGAGGUGGAUGGUGUAAAUAAUUCACAGCAACAAAGUCAGAGUCGUGCUGUUUUGGCGGCAAAUGCACGACGCCGCGAUUCUUCGCACAAUGAACGCUUCUAUGAGGAGCAUGAAUAUGAACGAAGGGUUAAAAAGCGUAGGGCACGUCUGAUAACGGCAGCCGAGGAGGCUUUUACACAUGUCAAACGUAUUCAUAACGAACCGGCACCUGCUGUACCGCUGGAUCCCCAUGAAGCGGCUCAAGCCGUGUUUCCCUCAAUGGCCCGGGCAUUACAGAAAUACUUGAGAGUAACACGACAGCAGCCGCGUCAUACGUUUGAAAGUAUAUUAAAGCACUUGGCCCAUUGUCUAAAACAUGAUCUAUCGCCAAGAGCUUUUCUCGAACCAUAUCUCACCGAGGCACCUGUUAUGCAAAGUGAAAAGGAGCGGCGUUGGGUACAAUCCUGGUCUCUGAUAUGCGAUGAACUAGUUUCACGGCCCGUUGCGGGCGAUGUAACAUUUCAAUUAAUACAGAAUGAUGUCUCUCUAAUGGUAUCCAUACACAAAUUGCCACAUUUCAAUAUUGCCGAAGAGGUAGUCGAUCCUAAGAGCAAUAAAUUUGUAUUGAAACUCAAUUCCGAAACAUCGGUAUGACAACAGUCACAGACGCCCACCUUGACACCAACGCACAGUAAUGUUACUCAGUCAUCCUAUUUGCAUGUUUUCGUCUAGAAACACACAUACCCUGACUGAUUAUGUUGGUAAUUUAUACUAAAGUAUGUAUUUAAAUGGCAUUAUAUUUUUUUUAAAUAUAAGUACUAUAAACAUAUAGUUUCAAGUUAUACGCUCAAUAUAACAAAAUCCCAGUGUAUUAAAAAAAGAAGAGAAGAAACACUUAACAUAAUCACUUUUCAUUAAUGAAAAUAAUCUCAUUUAUUCCUUAAAUAUCACAUAUCAAAACUUGAACAAAAAAGAAUCUCUAGAAAAAUACUCAUUUCUGCAAGGAAAACAAACAAAUAAGCCCCAAACUUGCUAUAUACUCUUUUUAUAAUUCCCUCCAAAUAGUAUUAUUUCUUUAUUUGAAAACAUAAGUAAGAUGGCUGGUCCUUUUUCACAUAAAUAUUAUAUAUUUUUAUCUUUUUGUAGAAUACACCUUGCCUGCUAAAUUUUAUUUCUAUACAAAACCUAACCUAUUUUAGAAUAAAAAAACAACCAAUCAAAUAAUUUGCCAAUGUUUUAAACGAGCUAUGCAUUUCUUUAUAAUUAUAAGUAGCGUUAGAAAUAUUCCAUUUUCGUUUUAUGUAACAUCUCAAGUCUAUAGAUUUUCUAAUUGAAGAAAAAGUAUUUUUCCUGCAUAAAAAACCCGCAAAAUUGUCUCACAAAUUAUUUUAGUUAGGUAUACACGGGGUGAGAUAAAAAAACUGCAACAAUGUCAAAUGCCACAAUUUUUACUUUUUUUUUAAAUUUUAUUGAAUGUCGGAAAUAGCAUCAUAUUUAGCAUCUUUGGCACGAAUUAUGGCCAAUGAAACCGUCACACGCUGCCCGAAUGUUGCUCUGCGGUAUUUUGGUAUUUUUUAGUGCCAACUUUGCUUUCCGAAAUACCCCAGACCCAAUAGUUAAACGGAUUGGAAUGAUGAGAUUUUGGUGGCCAUUGUGCACUGGAAAUAAAGCGAGGAACCUCAUCUUGUAACCAUUCUUGGGUGGCGUGUGCUGAGUCCUGUUGGAGUGUUCAAGGUCUGCGGCCAACAUUUUUGCGUGCCCAAGGCUUUAAUACACCCUCCAGAAUAUCUCCCGAUAAUAUUCGGCAUUUAUUCUGAUGCCACGGUCUAUUAAUACGAGCGGAGAACGACCAUCGGCUGUUAUGGCGGCCGACACCAUCACCAUGGCCGGCACUUGAGUUCUGAUGGCCAACCGAAGGUGCUUAUUUUCAGUUGACCUCUUUGCCAAGUAAACACGGUCUUUUUUUGUUUACAAGUUGGUGGACAAAGAAUGUUUUCUCAUCGGAGAAAACCAAAUUCGGCAGUUCACCACAUUCGGCCAAGCGAAGCAACUCUUUAGCUCUUUUGAGUCUAUUUUCUUUAUUGCCCUUUUUGGAAUUUCAAUGGCUUUACCCCGAGCUCAUUUUUCAAUAUUUGCCAAAUGGAAUAUUGCGAUAUGUCCAGCUUACGAGCCGUUGUUCGGCAUCUUCGACGAGAGUUUCGAUCAAGUCGCUUCUUUAUUUUUCGAAUCAUUUCUGCUAAUGUUGCUGUUUUCUUUCGCUCACUUCCUUGACGUCGGGCUACGCUACCAGUAUCACGGUAACGAGCGAUGGUACGAGACACAAAAGAUUUAUUCACAUUUAAAUGUUGGAGUGCUCUAACGAUAGCCACAAAUAUGAAGAAGUCACACUAUCACGCUUGAAAUCCAUUACGAGUAACUUUUUUUCUGGAAAAUUCUCACCAGAAUGAGAAUGAGCUGUCACUGGAAUAAUUUUAACAGCUGUUGGACGAGUGGUUUUGUAGUGACAGCAGUCAGAAGUUGGUUGCAGUUUUUUCAUCUCACCCUGUAUUUGUGGCCAAUUUUAGAGCAAUAAAAAUCAUUGUAAUUUGGUUUUUAAUUUUCAAAACACAAUCUUCAAAUUGCAUUUUUUAUGCAUAUAUAUAUAUCCACUACCAAAAGCAUUUAUAUGACAAACAAACUAUAGUCUGGUUGUAGAUUACUCACAAAAAUAAAUAUAAAACACAAGAUUCCUUUGACAACACAAUAAAAAAAUAAUUUAAAACCAAUUCCUAAAUGAAUGAAAUUUAUAUUACGUAUAUUAUAUAUAGCUCACAUAUUUACAACAUACAGUGUUACUUUUAUUUUCUAAAGUAAGAAAAACAAAUCAAUUUUUCUCCUUAUGAUAAUUCGCCAAUUACCUUAAUACUACAUAUAGAACAAUUAAGAUCAAUUCAACUUCAACUAAACUAUUAUCAACUCUAAAUAAAACCAUCUAAACAAAUUUACCUAUCAAUAUACAUAAUACUCAACAAA